UGUCAAAAAUACUAACAUCCAACUCUUCUCUUCUGUCAUGAAUAUGAGAAAAUAUUAUCACCUCCUUAACCUCAGGAGAUCUAAAGGUCUCCUUAUCUCAAAUAGCAAGUGGGUUCACCAAACUAGUCCCAUUGAAUCUCACGACUUCCGCUGCCACCCUAAAACACCAUCACCAUCACCACCAACACCAUCGCCUCCCUCAUCCUAUUCUCAUCUAUACAGAAACACAUACAGUCAAAAUGCUAUGGUUUCCCGCCAUCUUUUACAUGCAACGCACUCAAAUCUCACUGCUAACCAUUACCAUACUCAAUUCUCUAAGCUCCACACGUCAGAACUACGCUAUCAUGAGGAUGCCUACCUCCAAGACUAUCAAGUGACCGUGAAAGAUAGAGAGGUUAUUUCAGCAGCUGUCACGCUGGAAAGCAAACACUGGCUCCCUUUGUCGAACCUUGACUUGCUUCUACCACCGAUUGAAGCCGGGCUUUUUUUCUGUUACAAGAAAAAGAACAACACUGACAUGUCCUCGGAAACUGUGGUGAAGACCAUUAAGUCUUCGCUGGCUGGGGUACUAUCGACAUUUUACCCUCUGGCCGGAGAGAUUGUGCAGAACAGCCAAGGAGAGCCAGAGGUUCUAUGCAACAACUAUGGGGUGGAAUUCGUUCAUGCCCAUGCAGACAUCGACCUGAAAGACUUGGAUUUCGCUCACCCUGAUGAGUCUGUGAAGGGGAAGUUGGUCCCCAAGAUAAAUCGUGGUGUGGUUGCAAUUCAGGUGACAGAGUUGAAUUGUGGAUCAAUAAUAAUAUCAGGUGCGUUUCAUCAUCAAGUGGCCGAUGCUUACUCAAUAAAUAUGUUCUUAGUUGCAUGGGCUCAGUAUGCGCGAUUGGAAACAAUCUCCAGCAUCCCAUCAUUUCGACCUUCAGUGUUGAAUCCACGUCGUCCACCCUGUUAUACCACCUCCAUUGAUAAUAUAUACAUCCCCGCAUCAUCCCUCCCUCCACCAUCCUCCUUUGAAGAGCCUCUUCUUGGUCGCAUGUACUAUAUUCAUGCUAAAUCAAUUCAACAACUUCAACAAGAAGCGAGCACGAAGGAAACCAAAAUAAGCAAACUCCUUUCUUUCACGUCAUUUGUGUGGAAAUUAUUAGCACAUGGAGGAGAUAAAGCUAUCGAUACAACUUCUAGAAUGGGCAUUGUCGUUAAUGGGCGUCGCUUUCUGGCUGAAAGUGAUGAGAAAAAUACAUCUUUGUUAGAAAACCACUUCGGAAAUGUACUAUCCAUACCAUAUGGUAUGGCCACCAAUGAUGAUCUCAAGGCGAUGCCCCUUCAUGAAGUGGCAGCAGGGGUUCAUAAGUUUGUCUCUAAGGCAACCAACGAAGAACAUUUUAGAGAAUUGAUUGAUUGGGUAGAGAUGCAUCGACCAAAUCCAGCAGUUGCAAGGAUAUAUUUUGGGCUAAAAAAGUCUGAAGGUGAGGCUGUCGUUGUGUCGGCUGGACAAGCUUUACCAAUCAAAGAUAUGGAUUUUGGGUGGGGAAAGCCAGAUUUUGGUUCGUAUCAUUUCCCAUGGGGUAGCCGAACAGGAUACAUAACAACAAUGCCAAGUGCAAAAAAGAACGGCGAUUGGGUGGUUUACAUGCAUCUAAAAGAAAAGGACUUCAACUUGAUUGAUCAUAUGGCGCCUCAUGUGUUUAAACCUUUAACAUACUCUCAUUUUAGUUCUUAAUUGAUGUAUUUAUUUUGGAAAUUUUAAUUCCCUCUUAACGAAAGUGGCU